AUGAGUAAUCAUAACAAUUUCAUUUAUUGUAGUGGUACAGAAGAUGACCACGUGAAUAAUGCCGAUACUGGAGGAAAAGAAGAUGAAAAAUUAAAAUUUUUAAUUGAAGGGAAAAUGAUAGAAAAGAAAGGUUGUGUUGAUUUUAUAAAACCUUUAAAAGAUGAUAUAAAAGCAUUAGAUUUUUUAUUAUUUGAUAUGUUAAAAGAUAAUUUACCUAAUAAUUUAUUUGAGAUAUUAUGUACUAUUCAUGAUUUAUCGGAAACAUAUAGUGAAAAUCCGAAUGAUGAUAAUUUCUUAAGUUUAAAAAAUUGUAUAUAUAAUUUAAAAGAUGAAUAUUUAGGUACAAUUGUGAAUGCAUUUGGACAUAUGUGUGUUAUAUCCAAUUUUGCAGAAUGGGCUCAUAGAGGAAGACGAAGAAAAGCAUUUGAUAAAUCUUUUAUACCUAAUGAUAAAAUAUAUGGUUCAGUUAAUGAAACAUUAAAAGGUACAUUUAAUAUUUUAAUACAAAAUGGAUUUCAAUUAAAUGAUAUAUAUGAACAAUUAUGUAAUCAAACUAUCGAAUUUGUAUUAACUACUCACCCAACACAAGCUAUUCGAACAUCUCUUUUAAAAAAUUAUAUAAGAUUAGGUGAAUUAUUAUUAAAAUUAGAUAAUACUGAUAAAGAAUUAUAUAAAAAGAAAUUAUUAUAUGAUAAUUUAAAAACUAAUUUAUUAUCAUCUUGGAAAACUGACGUCAUUAGAAGAAUAAAACCUACACCUAUUGAUGAAGCAAUAUCUCUAGUUGACAUUGUUGAAAAUUGUAUUUUUUAUCGUAUACCUAAUAUUAUAAGAUAUAUUGAUAAUGUAUUAUUUGAAUAUAAUUUACCACCUGUUAAAUUAAAUUCUAAACUUUGUAUUUUUUCAUCGUGGGCAGGUGGAGAUCGUGAUGGUAAUCCAUUUGUAUUACCAGAAACUACAAAAUAUGUAUGUUAUAUGAAUAAAAUUAGAGGAUGUGAAUUAUUUAUUCCAAUGAUCGAAAUAUUAAUUAGAGAUUUAACUUUACAUCAUUGUACACAACAUUUUAGAUCUUAUGUGAAACUUCUAGAAGAUGAAGUUUCAGAAUAUAUUUUUGAUAAAGAUCAUAAAUAUCUAGCCAAAAAGUUUCAAUGGUUUUCUCCUUUUUCUAAAUCAAAUAAAAAAGAAAUAUAUCGUAGAGCUUUAUUAAUUGUAUGGGCAAAAUUAAAAAGUGUAGUUGAAGUGUAUAAAUCAUUAAUAUCUAAUCAAAGAGUUGAUGAAGAUUUUAAAAAAUUAAUGUUCCAUAAUUCUGAUGAAUUUGAAGAAAUUUUAUUAGAAUGUUAUAAAAGUUUAGUAGAAUCUGGUAAUACAUUAAUUGCAGAAGGAUAUUUAAAAGAUGUAAUUAGAAAUGUUAAAAUUUUUGGUUUACAUUUAAUGAAGUUAGAUAUAAGACAAGAAUCAGAAAAACACAUUACUACAAUGAAUUAUAUAUGUCAAAAAUUAAAUAUGAAAAAAUAUUCACUUUUAAAUGAAGAAGAAAAAAUGAAAUUCUUAACAGAUAUUCUUAAUUCUAAUAGACCUUUAAUACCGAAAAAUAUUGAAGAAGAAGAAGAUGUACCAAAUGAUUUUAUUAAUGUUAUAAAAACAUUUGAUGUUUGUUCACAAAUAGAAGAUAGUGCUUUAGGUGCAUAUAUAGUUUCUAUGUGUACAAAUGCUUCUGAUAUUUUAUUAGUUGAAGUAUUUCAAAAAGAAAUGAAAAAAGGUACACAAAGAAAAACACAAAGGGUUGUACCAUUAUUAGAAACAAUUCAAUCAUUACAAAACUCAUCUAUUAUAUUAGAAAAUUUAUUAAAAAAUACAUGGUAUCGUAAACAUUUAACAACAAAUUUUGAAAAUAAACAAGAAAUUAUGAUUGGCUAUUCAGAUUCUGGAAAAGAUGGUGGAAGAUUAACAUCUGCUUGGGAAUUAUUUAAAGCACAAGAAAAACUUGUACAUAUAGGUAAAAAAUAUUCAGUAGAAAUACAUUUCUUUCAUGGUCGAGGAGGAAGUGUAAGCCGAGGUGGUGGACCUCAACAUUUAGCCAUAUUAUCUCAACCUAUUAAUACUAUUAAGAAUUAUUUAAGAGUUACUAUACAAGGUGAAGUUAUAACACAAGAUUUUUGUUUAAAAGGUAUGGCUUUACGAUCGGUAGAAAUAUAUAUGAGUGCUCUUUUAAAAUGCUCAUUAUUAAAAAAUACCCUUGUAAUAAAAAAAGAAUGGAGAGAUUUAAUGGAUGAAAUUAGUGAAAUAAGUACAAAAGAAUAUAGAAAGGUUGUUUAUGAAAAUAAAGAUUUUGUUAAAUAUUUUAGAUGUGCUACACCAGAAAUCGAAAUAGGGAAAUUAAAUCUAGGUUCAAGACCAUCAAAAAGAAAAGAAGGAAAUGUAGAAUCUUUAAGAGCAAUACCUUGGGUUUUCUCAUGGACACAAAAUCGAAUGCAUUUAUCUGUAUGGUUAGGUAUUGAAAAAAUUUAUGAUUAUUUAAUAAAUAAUAAUAAAUUACAUAUUAUACAAGAUAUGUAUACACAUUGGCCAUUCUGUACUAGUUUUUUUAAUUUAAUAAGUAUGGUUAUGGCCAAAGCUAGUAUACAAAUAUCACAAGAAUAUGAUAUUCUAGUCCCAGAAGAAUUAAAAUAUAUUGGUGUUCUUUUAAGGGAAAAACUUAAAAAAUCUAUGGAAUUAACAUUCCUUGUGACAAAUGAAAAAAAGUUCUGUGAUAAUGAUCAAUUAACCAAAAGAUCUAUUGAAUGUCGUACUAAAUGGGUAACGGUUUGUAAUUUGAUACAAAUACAAGCACUUAAAAGAUUAAGAGAAAAAGAAAGUAAACAGAAAAACGAAAAUAAAGAUCAACUUGAUAAUCAAGAUAAUAGUAGUUAUACAAAUAUUACACACAAUUAUAAAAUUUAUGAAAAUACAUUAGUUACACCUACAUCUCAAUAUACAAAUGUACAAAAUAUAAAACAAGAUAAUAAUCAAUUGAAUAAUAGUAUGGAAAAUCAUGAUAUCAAUGAUUUAAAUACUCUUAAAAUAAAUGAUACAGAAAAUUAUAACUUUAAUAAACAAAAUGAAUUAUUUAAUAAUGAUGAAGGAAAACAUAUGGAAUUUAUGAAUAAAAAUAGUACUGUUCGUAUCAAUUCUUAUUUAAUUAGAAAAAAAAAAAAAUUAAUCAAAAAUCCGAAAUUUCAUCCAUUAAUUGAAUUACAUCCAUAUGUAUUCCCACAAAGUGAAACAGAAAAUGAAAGUUUCUUUAAUUAUGUUAAAACUAUAGAUUCAAAUUUUGAAAGAAUUCCAUCAAGAAAUAAUGUAUCUACAUAUGAUGAGGCUACAAACAAAUUUAUUGAUUACACUUCACUAAACGAUGCUUUAAUAGUUUCUAUAAAGGCCAUAGCAGCAGGAAUGCAAAACACAGGAUGA